AUGUCAUCGCUGUACCAUAUUUCCACUGAAACGAAAAACACUAUCAGGAAGUACCGUACCGCCACAGCUAGAUCUGAGUCUCUGCAGGCGCUAGUUAUCAAGAUCGAGCCCAAACCUUCGUGUGAGAUCAUCAUAGACGAUGACGAAGAAUUACGCGAAGCAAGCUCCUUAGAAGAGCUGGGCGAGGAGCUGCCAGACAAUGCACCCCGUUACGUGCUUUUGUGCUAUCCUAUGACAACUGCAGACGGGCGCAAGCAGACUCCGUUAGUUCUCCUUUAUUGGAAACCGGCUACUGUUGUUUCCCAAGAGUGGAAAAUGCUAUAUGCCGGCGCGCUUGAGAUGGUUAGAAGCGAGUGCGGUGUCAGCAAGGUUAUUGAAGUGGCCACUGGACUAGAGGAUGAGGAUGAAAUUGAGGAGCUAAAGGAGCAGAUACAGGGUUAG